GGGAUCAAUGACGUAGUCGCAAAAAUCAAAACACACCUGACCUCCACGGGCUGCGAGAGGGAGAAGCCGAGCACCGCGAAGAGGGCCAGGGGAUCCGAAAUCAUCUCUGCGUGCAGAUGUCCGUGGUGGGCGCUGCCGAAGGCGACGCGGACGGCGGGCCCGCUGCUGGGGCAUCUGGGCCGCGGCCAUCGCAGAGCCCUCGAAUAUUACCCCCGCGUCCAACGGCCUGCCCCCGCGAACUGGGGAGGACAAUCAUCGACGCGUCCAAGACCGUCGACGAGGAGACGGGCAAGCGAGGCCUCGCUUACGGCAACAUGACUGUCGUCCUCGGCGAGUGUUUCUUCACCCUCAUUGCUGGGGCCCUGAUGGCGGCCGCCAACGGCAAGACCAAGCUCCUGUGGGACCCCAACUCGCUGAAGGUGUUCUGCGGGAUCGGGUUCAUGUACGCGCUGGGGGACUACCUCGAGAUGGCCAGCAUGGGCGCCCUGGGUGGCGCCGCCUACCAGGUCUUGCUGCAGUCUAAGCUGGUCAUCACCGCGCUGAUGGUGUGGUACAUGAAGGGCGAGAAGCAGGCCCCCCUGCAGUGGAACAUCCUCGUGCUGAUCAUGCUGUCCAUGUGCUGCUACAUGAUGGGCGGCAGCAGCGACUCCGGCGGCGACGGCGGCAUCCCUAUCAUGGGCGUCGUCAACGUGCUGCUGAAGGUCACGGUGUCCUGCCUGUGCGCGGUGCUCGCGGACAAGUACAUGAAGGACUACAAGAGCUUGCCCUUCUACGUGCAGUUGACGCAGAUGAAGGUGGCGUGGACUCUCGUCAUCCUCAUUAUUUCUUUCUGUGACGGAAAGACUUGGCAGGAGGGCUUCUUCAAGGGCUGGACCCCGGCCGUCUGGGGCGUGUUCGCCUCCUUCACCGUCAAGUGCUGGAGCACCAUGGCCAUCCUGUCAUUGCUGGACUCCGUGCUCAAGAACAUCGGGGAGGCCUCCGCCGUGCUCGUCAUCUACAUCAUGAACGUGGCCCUCCCCUACUUCCCCGAGGUCUUCGAGGUUUCGUCCUUCAUGGCCGUCAUGGUGGUCAUCCUGUCCGUCACCGCCUACGUCGGCUCCAAGGACGUCGUCGCAAAGGACCUGUUGAACAUCUUCGUGCAGUGGGGCUUCACCGUCAAGUAUUGGAGCGGCAUUAGUUUGGCGAUGAAGAUCUUUACUAUGACUUCCAUGGCCGUUGGGUUCGCGUCCUCCUGCUUUGGCCCGCUGAAGGACACCUACGGGGCAUGCAUGGCGCGCAGUCGGGCAGCGAAGUCGGGGCUCAAGGCGGACCUGCGCGUGCAAGCGGCACAUCAGGACGACUCGCAUUCCGACGACAUCGAGAACCAGGACCCACUACUUCUGGAGGGUCAGGAGCAUCAGCCGAUGGCUCGCAGCAGAGGGAGGCGCAUGAGAGGCAGCCGGCUCUACCGGGGCAGCGUGAUGACCUUCAUACAAGAAGGCCGUGAGACGCAUUCAAUUGCAGCCCACUGGGUUCUCGUGAUCUGUUCGCUCAAGUAUUGGGUCGGCAUGGCACUUUUGCCAGUGCUCUUCUCCGUCAAGGGUGGCGUCGACGCGUCGGUGCCGCAAGCCGCGGUCCUCUACUUCUUCUUGAUGAACUUCGUCAGCAUCCUGGGCGAGCUGUGGAUCGUCAACCACACCGAGGCGGGCCAACGCAUGAUAAUGGACUGCGGAGAAAAUGUGUUGAAGGUGGUCAGGUGCAACGGCUCGAAUGAGGCAUUCGCAUUUGGAGCUAUUUUACUGAGCGCUAUCGGCCGCUACGACACGUUCAGCGACGUGAUGUUCACGAUGAUAUUGCACGCCGCGCGGAUGAAGGCGCGUGGCGUCGGCGACACAUUGCUGGCGCCGGCGCUGCGCGCCUGA